AUGGCUCAAUGCGUACUCGCCCUUGAUAAUGACACACGGAAACGACAUAUCGUACUGCAAAGGAAUGGGGACGAAGACCAACUUAUUGCAACUCGUGUCAUUGCCACGCCCAACUUGGGCCAUCUUCCUUUCGAUGGAACAAUAAAGUUUCUUUGGGAAGGCUAUCCAGAGAUGAUAAAGCAGGGAUUUCCAACAAAGCUUAUACAAAAAGCAUUCACUGUACGGGAGAAGGCUGUAUGUUCUCCUCAACUUCACGAAAAAGGUUUCCCUGAGAACAACGAUAUCUUUUUACACGCUUCAGUUCCUAAUGUUGGAACAACAUCAUAUUCCAUUUUCCACGAUCUAAUAGAUUCCUCCACAAUGGGGCGAAUAUUUCGCAUCGAAACAAAAAUGGUGAACAUUGAUCCAGAAACAAGGAGACCGUCGAAACUUCCAACAGCGUUUGUUGAAGAAUGCACUAAGUUUGCAAGUUCUGAUCCUGCAAUGAUAACAGAUGUACAAGAGGAAUUUGUUCCACCAAAGAACGCAUUUAAAUCAAUAAUUCGCACUAGAUAUAGUGAUUUGGAUAUCAAUUUACACGUCAAUUAUGCACAAUACUACAAAUUCUGCGCAGACUGUGCUUCAGAAGCGUCGCAAUCCGGGUACUAUCGUCACUAUGACGACGACAUUUGUCGAUUACCGGUUCUUAAAACCGAUGUUUCGUUUAUUGGAGAGUCACCGCCGUGCUCAAAUCUAGACGUGUACUCUUGGCAAGAUACACAGAACCAACAGAGAAUUUAUUUUGCAAUUUAUCUAAAAUCUGACAGAAUAUUCCAAGCAGACUAUCUGUAUGGUUGUGAAAAAUCUGACGAAGCUAUUGUCUCAAAACUCUGAUAAUUCAGCGAUAUCACAAUGACAUCAACCUCAAUUGUAGCUCUUCAUCAUAGCAUAGCAUCAAUUUAAAUAAGGGACAUUUCCCGCCCGCCCCCCCCUCUAAAAAUACAGUCUGUUAUAGUUAUUUGGAUGCUAAAUCAAUGUUUCAUACAUUUAUAUCUGAGGAUUAACAUUACUUUGUUAGUAUAGCACUGCAUGUAACAUUUGGCAUCUGCAUCGGUUCAGUGUAUGACCAAGUUAACGAUACGCCUUUUCAUCACGUACUUCAAACACGACUGGUGUGUUAAUAAAUUAUCAUUAUUUUUGUCGUUCAGAGAGUGACUAUUACUUCCAUCAAGGCAAACUGUUUAGCAAUUUCAUAAUAAUUAAUCACAAUUGCAUCGAUCAAUUCGACGUUUAUUGCGCUGGCUACUUAGCCGUUGCAUGAAAAAAGUAAUUAAGAAAAGAGCAGAUGAAAAACGAAGUUUCAACAACACCAUAAUUUGUACACGAAAUCGAUCAAACAAGGUCAAAAUAUAAGGAAAGAAAGAUUUACACGGAGACUAAUGAAAAGGUGCAAGGAUUUAAGAGUUUGUGUUCCGGAAUGGUGAGCGUCUUUGGCUACAGCCAUCACAUCCGCCAUGUAUAUCUUGGUCAAAUCUAAGUUAUGUCAUGUCCUCUUACCAGGAACUGCGGUAGUGACAAUAAAAAUAACAGGGCAGGUAAGUUAGCAUGUAAACAUGUCGACCUUCAAAUGAAGUAAAGAAAUAGCAUAUCUCCAUCCAAAUAAAGCAGUCAUCACUGCAAAUAUACG